AUAUUUUUUCUUCGGCGAGACUCUAAACAAAAUUUAUACAGUAAAAAAAUAUCGGUAGACCGAACUAUUAUAAACAACAUAGUACUACAAGAGUUUUAACUUGCGAACUGUGAAAGACAUGAGUUUCCUGGCAGGGGGGAGAUUAGCGGGCAAAGAAGCUGCUUAUUUUUUUCAAGAAUCCAAACAAGCUGUGAGCCGUUUAGUUGACAAGAACAAGAAGAUUACCUCGUAUGAUUCAUUUGUUAAGGAAUUACAAGUAGAAUCGUCGGAGUCGGCUGAUAUUUUGCCGGAGAUUCUUAGGCAUUCUUUGCCGUCUAAAUUGUUCCGGCCACCGACUGAAUCUUCUUCUGAUUCUCUCUCAGCUACCAAGUGGGCUCUUCCUUAUGAUCCAAAGAGUUUUAACUCUGUGUCCCGUGAUGCGAUUAAUCCCCUUAAAUCUUAUGUUUCUCUGCCCCAAGUCACUUUUGGCCCUAAAAGGUGGCAGUUGCCCAAUGCAGAGAACUCCUUUGUAGCCUCCACUGCAAAUGAUUCUCGUCAAGAUAAGUAUGUUCCCGUUAACCCUGAGAAGUUGAAGGCUGCCGCUGCAGGAUUUUCAGAAAUUGCAAAGGCAUUUGCUGCUGCUACAGCUAUCGUGUUUGGUGGUGCCACUUUAAUGUUUGGACUCGCAGCCUCCAAGCUUGAACUGCGUGGUAGUGAUGACCUUCGGAUAAAAGGAAGAGAACUUGUGAAUCCAAGAUUUGAAAUGAUCAAGGAGCGAGUAAUCCCAUUACGAACUUGGGCGGAAGGCAUGUCAAAAAAAUGGCAUUUUGAGAAGGAACAAGACGUAAAAAACAAUCCUCUACUAAAGGAGCUCUCAAAACAAAUGGGCGCAAAAUCCUCAAGCUAAAAUCUUCGGAUUAAGCAGUAAUUGUGGUAUUGUAUGUAAAAUACUGAAAUCUAUGUAUAUAAACAGCUGUGGAGUCAGAUGGCUGUGAGUUGAAGAGUAAUAAUGGAAACUGAUUCACUGUUAAAAUCUGUCAGAACGGAUCUGGUAUCGAUUGGUGAAAUCUCUAUCUUGCUCUGUAAGAUUUGUUGUUGUUCAAGCACUUGUAUGAUAAUUGAAUUAUUAAUCAGUCUUGUUUUUGCA